AUUGUGACAGAAAUAAUCUGCUUACGGCAUAAUUUUAAAAUCAUACGUACGUAUAGUUCAAUAACGCGUUGCAUAUUGCUUUCUGUAUUUCACGGUAAGGUUAUCGAGCUUUGAUGCUUUUUGUUUUUUACCUAGCACAGCCAACAACGUUCUACUUCCUAUAAACAAUAUUGGAAUAUUGAAUAUACACAUGUCGCAAUAAUUUGAUUCUAGAAAAUAUCGAAAGUACUUUUGCUUUCUUCUCCAGUUCAUUAUCAUAUUUUAUUUUCUUUUGCAUUGUGUAAAGAAUAUAAAACAGUUUUAUAAAUUCGCUUUAAUAUAUGAAUAUGAGUUUCAUUGAAAAUUCGGUAGAAACCUAAAAUGUAAUUGUUGAAAAAAUAAUCUAAUAGAUGUAUUGUAAAUACAUAGUACCAUUAUAAUAUGCUAACCUUUUCUGACCUUUAAAAUCAAAAAUUCAUAUUACAAACAUAUUGCAACCAUUUAGCAAACAUUAAUAGGAAAAUAUUGAAAUUAUUGCCAAAUUGUUACACAAUACAAAAGAGACCAAAACAUAUUUAUUCGAAACGCAAAACGGCGAUGAUAUAUAUUCCUGAUUAUUCUGCUUCAUACAAAAAGUGGUCAAUUCAAUAUCAUAUAUAUGUGAUUCACAUACCGAAAUCACAAUUCGCAAACAUUAAUUAUUUACUACAUGUUAUGUACAUAGUAAUGUGGAAAUUAAUUACUUUUUUAUGUACUUCAGUUUUUAUUAUAAUAAGCGAGAAAUCAAGUUAUCUACCAGUCCGUUAUGCUUUAAAGAAAAGUGUUAAACGUAUACAUACCAUAUACGUUUAAUCUUAAAGAAUUCUGAAGAAAUUACUCAGCAUGAGGUAGAAAAAUAAAGUUACAAUUUCCCCAGUUGUGAGUUUCUUGGACAACGCACUUACCGAUUGGACAAAUCAUGGUCUUUUACAUAUAACUUAUAGUAUUAGUUAUCAACAGAAGAGACUGCUGCAAUAAAAAUGCGGCUCUACUUUUCAGUAAUUUGAGUAAAACAACAAGAACGUUCUAUAAAUUGAUAGUCAACUAAUGUUCCUAGUUAUAAACUUCAAUAUCAUUCUUUCUCUCCCAAUAUGUACGUUUUAAACACUAAAAAUGCUAACUAUAAUUCGUUAAACCGUGCGUAUUUCAUAUGGUAACUGUAAGGAAAGUAAAAUUCGCGUUGAGUUUAAUCGCAUAUCAUUACUUUGCCACUGUUGUUUGCCGCCCUGUUUACACAGGGCUUUUGGCGAGUGGCCAAAUUUCUCGUGUCUCGUUUAGUUUUUGGAACGUACUUCCCGAAUUUAGAGGAGGAAGCGAAACGCACUGGCUUCCAUACAGUGUGAAUCAGAGUUCACAUCUCGCGUAUCCCUUUGCCAAAGAACCGGUCGGUACACUCAUCGGUAUUUAUUGAGCGUCAGGCGUUCUCGUUCAUUCUGAUAAAUAAAUCAUUUUCAUUGUAAAAUCUACGCAAUCGUUCCUUCCGAACAAAUUCUUUAUUUAUUUUUUUCUCGAAUAGCAAGUUGCAAAAACGACUCGAUUGCCUGAACCCUCUACUUUUCAAGAGUAUCGCAAAAGUGGCCUUCCGUGAAAAGUACGCAGCGGAUGUUAAUUGCCUUCCUUUGACUUUUACGUAUUAUUUCACGAUUAAACACUCGGGCAUCGUACGGUUAAUAGGAGAAACGAUAAAUGAUACAAGUAGCAUAUUGUAAUUUUAUACCUGACGAAUUAUAUUUCUUUCCGUUACAAAAGAGAAGCGAGAGCAAUAAUUGUACCUGAACGUUCAACAAAUUUGUUGAUGCUAGAGGAAUUUUUGAUUAGAAAAUUUCAUCGUACAAUUUCAUUUAUAAUGUAACUUAAGGAAUUAUGGCAAAUCGUUUCAUAGCCUACUGUGGUAUGAACUUUUUACAAUGCGAUAUAGUAUAAAACCACUGACUUCUGAUAUAAUCGUCCACUAUUUCUUUUUUGAUAUUAAUAUUUUUCAAUCUUUUAAUUAAAUGAAAAUAUAUUUUAUUCUUUCAGUUUCAGAAAACAACGUUAUUUCCUAUUAUGAAAAGCCGUUAUCAUCAUGCAGAUCUGUACUAUCAAUCCGCCCGAGUGCAAGCAACAACAACAACAACGACAAUCCGUCAUUGAGGAAAGAAGUAAAAUUAAGAUAAAUCACGAUGAUUGCUGUAACUGCUGCUGCUGUUGUACAACUCCACAACGUACAUGCUAUAAAUAUGUGCAACCAGAGGUACCAAAGUCCUUUGCCCCAAUUCGUCAUUAUUGGAAAUCAGGUAUACCAAUGGAUAAUAACACUACAUACCGACUCUCCUAUUGGGAGUGCCCGAGUGCUCCUGUGGAUCCUAUCCCGCCUCGAAAUUGGUUAGUGACCGGAAAUGGUGAAAUAUCAGACGAAACAACAUAUAAAAACAGUUAUUUUGAACACUUAUGUGUAAAACCUGAAUCACCCUGUAUACCUUGUGAGAAACAAUGGCUCGGUAGAGGUCCUAUACAGGAUGUUACAACUCAAAAACAUGACUAUACAUGGAAGUCUCUACCACAAAUAGAACCUUAUAAAGCAGAGAAUAAUUUAUACUGUGCACCUGCACCGUUACUCGAUGAUACAACAUAUAAAUUAAGCUACUAUCAGUCUGGUUGUAAUCUACCUACGCUAUCUUACGCUCCUAUAAGAAAAUAUGUUAAACCAGAUAUUCCAAUGGAAGACCAUACAACGUACAAACUUAGUUAUUGGCCAAAUAAAUCUAUGAAGGAAGAACCUCUAUGGCAGAGAAAAGAAUAUUCGCCACCUAUCGAACCGGUGGAUGGGUGCACAACUUACAAAUUAAGUUACUGGCCACAUUCAGAAAAAAGACGUUCACCAAUCAUACUUCAGCCAACUGAGAAUCUUCUAAAUGCUGGUUGUUGCACCGAGGAUAACACAACUUACCGUCUGAGUUACUUUGGCUGUGGAGGAGAUAAGCGAACUCCUAUUCGGCAACCUAACAAUAUUCAGUUUUCGCCUUGUUCUCUGUCUUAUGAUACCAUUCAUCGAAUGAGUUUCUUGGGCAACUGGUGUGUUAAGCAAGAACCACCGAUCAUACCUUGCGAUAAACAAUUUUUAGGUAGAGGGCCCAUACAAGAGGUAACCACGCAAAAACAUGAUUAUACAUGGAAGAAUAUACCAUUAGAACCAGAUGCUCGUCGCGCAGAUAACCUUGUUCCUGCGUGUACACCUAUCGAAUGUUGUACUACUUACAGACUUUCUUAUUUAGAGAACGAUCUUAAAUCGUUAACACCUAUUCAUAAUUACGCGCCAGUACGUACAUGCUGCUUACCAGAUGUUCCAAUGGAAGCAGAAACUGUCAUGCAGCUGAGUUAUCAGCCUGUGGAGUGUGUGGAUAAAGUUGAAAAACCAUGGAGUGAGAGACCUCCUUACCAACUUCCAGUCACUCCUAUGGAAGAUAAUACUACAUACAAUAAAAGGUUCUCCACCUUACUUAAAUUGCUUGUCGAACCGCAAUCGAAGAUCCAAAUGCUUUACGAACGAUCGAACGAACAGAAAAAUAAUUUAGUUUAAAUAUGUAUUAAAAAUUGUAUUUAUGUAAAUUAUGAUUAUUUUUUCAGUUACAUUCCACCUGGUACAUUGUGCCUGUAAUUGUGGCAUAUUUGCAUGCGUAUUUCAUCAGCAAAAACAUUAAGGUAAAAAUUUAGAAUAUUUUAAUAGUAUAUUAUACCAUUAAGUUGCAUAGAAACCAUAACAAUUAUAUGUAAAUACGAAGCAAUGUGUUAUGUCAUAAUAUACUCUGUUGUGGUACUACUAAUUUGGUUAAACUAUCAAUACAAAGUGUAAAAGCAUAGGCAAUUAUAAUCAAAACAUUCUACACUCUAUUAUUAGAAUACAAAUUACACAAUGAUAGGCGGAAUGUUAAAUUGUGCUACAUAUGAAGCAUCUGUUCCAUACACAGGUGAUACACAUGUAGAAGAAAAUUGACAGUAUGCAUUCUUUGAAGGACAACAUCAAAGCGACUGAGAAUACAAAUUAAGCUUGAAUGGGGUGAGUCUGAAUGUUCUACCUUUUCUUUAUAAACGUAUCUUUUUUAUAAUAAACUUACAUGUACCAUAUGAGUAGUACGAGUAGUGAAAAAAAUGAAUUUUAGAAUCUAGUACAAAGAUGUGACCAAUAUUUUAUUAUGUACAAAAUAUUAUGUUCCAGACAAGUUCUAAAAGUAAUAAAUACAGACCAUCAAAAGUGUGUUUACUUUAUUAUGCAUUCCUUAUGGAUCCUUUAACAAUUUUUAUGUCAUCAACGGGUCUGUCAUUCUUAUCAGUUUCCACUAAUCCAAUCCUUUUCACUAUUGUCAUACCAGAAUGGAUUCUUCC